GGUUCCCGCGGUCGAGUAACAAUGUUUUCGUUGCCGAGCCGCUUCUAGUUUGUAAUUUUCGUCCUUUCCAGCACCAUGACUCGUGUAUCGGCGUACGUUUAGUGCUGUUAGAAGUGUGUACCGGCGGUAUUUCUUUUCCUGGAGAUGUGUGCGUAAUGUUCGGUAACCCACGCGUUUGAAGCAUGGCUAUCAUGCAAUCCUGUUGCUGCUGGCGGUCCGUGAGGAGGGGCAGUUUCGCCUGCGCUAUUUAUUCCGCGAUUUACUUUACGGUGCUGGCGCUGACCACCGGCAGCGUGCUGCAGAGGGAAACGCAAUACCUGAAAGGGAAUCGUUCGUUGCCAGAAUCCACCAGCUUCCUAGAACCGGACACCAUAUCCCCCACGACGGUACGGAUUAACAUGACGCUGCUUGUAUGCUCGUGCUGCGGUGUGAUUUGCAGCAUCCUGCUUCUCUAUGGCCUGUUCAAGGAUCAACGUGUCUUCCUCGUGCCAUGGAUCGUGACCGUGAUCGCGACGUGCAUCGUCGACGUGGCCCAUUCCUUGUACCUGUUCGUCGCUGUUUCCACUUUUGACCCAACGAAGGUGAUGCUCUAUACGCUGAGCUUCUUCCUCCUCUGCCUGAACGUAUAUUCGUUGUUGUGCGUGGUCUCGCAGUAUCAAGAGUAUACGGCUGGUCGGGGCACCGCCGCGGACGACUACGAGUACAGGGUCAGUAUUCUGAGAGUCUCACAACGGAAACAGGAACGGAAUAAGGGACGAAAAGUUCCAGCUGUGAGGUACGCGACCCAGCCACCGACCACGACCGCCACCUCUUGCCUAAGCUCCCGUCGAACGGCGACCAACAACGAGACCAAAACGACCGCAACGCCCACGCAGAGUUCCACAACCGGUCAGAACACCCAUUCGUUGGAGAAAAGUCCGGUCGUGGGACGACCAGCCAGGAAACACGUUCAGUUUCCCGACACAGCCCCCGAGUCUCAGAAGGAGAAACCUGAGAGCACUGUCACUGUUUUGGUGGCUAAAAUGGAGUCUGAGGCCACGAACGCGACUUCGUCCUCGUCCAGAGCCAAGGAACCGUCGUCGAUCGAUCAGAACCCUCAAUCGCAGAAAAACAGCCGAGUUCGGCACACCUGAAACCGUGAUCAGAGCGACGGACUCGAGGAUCGACCGCCAUCUUGGUUUCGAUGAAUUAUUUCUCCUCGAGGGAACGUCCCCCAGUGUGCGAGCUAAUCCUUUCGGACAAAAAACACAGUCGUGUGCCAGUUCGGUGAUAACUUGGUCCAUUUGGCCAGUCUCCACGAACCAAUUGUUUCCAAUCGAUAGAAACUGGGCGAUCGAGCAUCGCCGCGACGGGCGUUCAAGUUUCUCGCGGCGCGCCAUUUCUCAUCGGAAGCGGACGUCGUUUGAAGUCGAUCGAACUGUGAAAACGCGUACGUACCUUUAAACU